GCAGCGGUCCUCUCGGUCCGCCAGGGCCUGCGGGCCCAAAGGGAGACAAGGGUGAUCUGGGAGGUCCUGGUCCCCUCGGCAGAGACGGACUUCCAGGAGCCAGGGGACUUCCAGGACCGCCAGGACCCGUUGGACCACCAGGAGAGGACGGAGACAAGGCGAACUCCGGCCUCCCUGGUCAGAAGGGGCUGAAAGGUUCAAAGGGUGACAUGGGACCCCCCGGUGUGGCUGGGCCUCAAGGACUGAGGGGAGAGCCUGGCGUACCCGGCUCAGAAGGCGAGCAAGGUCCUCCGGGUCCCGCCGGACCUCGAGGAAGCAAAGGAGAGGAUGGUCCCAUCGGAGCCAUUGGUGCUGCCGGGGCCCCGGGACCACAGGGCCUUCCUGGUCCCCGCGGUGGGAAAGGUGACAAGGGAGACGUAGGCAAGAAGGGGCCUCCUGGACCGGCGGGAAUGCCGGGCGAGCCGGGCCCUGCAGGAGCUAAGGGCGGCGAAGGCAUCCCUGGUUCCCCAGGACCUGAAGGUCCUCAGGGUCAGAAGGGUGACGACGGACUACCCGGACUUCCGGGCCCUCCGGGCAAAGAUGGCGAACCGGGACCAAGAGGUCCUCCGGGCCCUAAGGGAGAAGAAGGGAAGAUCGGUCUUCAGGGUGCGCCUGGUGUCAAGGGACCUCCGGGGCUUGAAGGGCCGAAAGGCUCACCC